GCUGAUCCAUGAGCUGCGAUAGAGACAGUUAUAGACUCGUGGACGACUUUCAACCGUUGAUGUACGUACAUGAUGAACGAUUAGGAAUCACUCGAUGCGCUGGCCAUAGCAUUUGCUUCCCUUAUAUCUAGACCGAGUUUGCUCACUAUAACCAUCUAUAUAAGCACAUUACUCCUCACACCAUCAAACACAAAUUUUUAGGCCUGUAGUGCAUUAAGGUCAUGCAAAUGGAAACCACCGAUAAUGAGCAACGUAAAGCCGCCGCCCUGAAAAGGUUGCUGCUCAUUCUGAGCAGCGUACUCUUAUCCAUAGGCACCUGCGGCGGCCCUUUGAUAAUGCGCCUCUACUUCAUCCACGGCGGCAAACGCGUCUGGCUUUCGAGCAUGCUCGAAACCGGUGGCUGGCCUGUGAUCCUCGUCCCAAUAGCCAUAGCCUACUACCACCGCCGCAAAAACCAAGCUCCAACCGACCCACCAACCAAGCUCUUCUUCAUGAAGCUUCCUCUCUUCGUUGCCUCUGCUGUCAUCGGCGUUCUCACCGGCCUCGACGACUACCUCUACGCCUACGGCGUUGCACGCCUCCCCGUCUCCACCUCAGCCCUGAUCAUCGCUGCGCAGUUAGCUUUCACGGCCUUGUUUGCCUUCAUACUCGUGAAGCAGAAGUUCACGUCGUAUUCGAUAAACGCCGUCGUGCUGCUGACGGUGGGGGCGGCGGUUCUUGGCCUGAACACGAGCUCGGACCGGCCCAAGGGGGAGUCGAACGCGCAGUACAUGCUAGGGUUUGUGAUGACGGUGGCCGCGGCGGCGUUGUAUGGGUUUGUGCUGCCGUUGGUGGAGUUGAUGUAUAAGAAGGCCAAGCAGAACAUCACGUACGCUUUGGUUUUGGAGAUUCAGAUGGUUAUGAGUUUGUUUGCUACCAUCUUCUGUACGGUUGGGAUGCUGGUGAACAAUGACUUCAAGGUGAUUCCUAGAGAAGCGAGGAAAUUCGAGCUUGGGGAGACUACGUACUAUGUGGUGCUUGUAGUGAGUGCAAUAGUCUGGCAAACUUUCUUCUUGGGAGCCAUAGGACUCAUCUUCUGUGCCUCGUCUCUUCUAUCCGGAAUCGUAAUCGCUGUUCUGCUCCCGGUAACUGAGAUCUUUGCUGUUAUUUUCUACCACGAAAAGUUCCAAGCAGAAAAGGGGGUCUCUCUUGCACUCUCCCUCUGGGGGUUUGUCUCAUACUUCUACGGCGAAAUCAAACACAACAAACAAAAGAAGCAAGCAGAUGCAGUUAAGGAAAAGGAAAACAACAAAGAAGGUUGUACCCCCGACGUAGAAAACCUUCAGACAGUUCCAAAUCCAUGAGAGCACAAGCUGUAAUUUCUAUGUUUUCUUGCUCGUGGAUUUUGUGAACAAGGCUUUGCAAAAGUAGGCAUUUUCGAGGGAAAGGCUGCAUUUGGCAUUAUAUGCUUCAUGUUUCGGGCGGCAAAACCCAUUUUUUCCCAGUGGUAUUCAUAUUGGUUGGAAUAAAAGCCAUAGAUUAUUAACCAAAUAUAAGAAACGUCGUCAGCCAUAUUGGCUGCGUGCAAGUGUGCAGCAACUAUGAAGGGCUCAUG